AUGCUUCGUACCUACAUCCAAUCUGACGAACGCGAAUGGGAGCGUUUGCUUCCGGCCUUGGAACUUGCCUACAACACAACAAGUCAUUCAUCCACUGAGCUCUCUCCUUUCGAGGUCAUGAUUGGCGAGAACCCGUUGACGGCUGCACACCUUGAUAUCGUAGGCGCGGUAGCUCCUACACUAACUCCCCCGAUGACUAAGCUUUUCCGACAGCUCUGCGACAGGGCACAGAGUCACAUCCUGAAAGCAAAAUGGCAGCAGAAGUAUUACGCAGACACGAAGCGCCGAGCAGUGGAGUACGCGGUGGGCGACAAGCUAGUUCCUCACCGCCCCCGCCCUCCCGCUUUGGUUUCCUCAGCAGCCGAUGCUGCCUGGCCUCCUAUCCACGAUGCAGCGGAAAUUCCCACAGCGGAAUACGAAGUCGACUAUAUUAUGGACCAACGCGGCUCUGGAGAUGCAGCCCAGUAUCUCGUGAAGUGGCGCGGAGCCCCUGAAGAUCACGCCACAUGGGAGCCCGCGCAUCACCUUACUGGCUGCCCGGCUUUGCUUCGCGCUUGGCGCCGCCGCCAACGAAGACGUCUUCAGGUUCGAAACAACUUGGGUCCUCCCGAAGCGUAG